CGCAUGUGCAGAGUCGACUCCCACUCCCGUGAAACCGGAAGGGGACAGUGACUCAUCUUCGUCCAGAGAGGAUCUUUGAGCUCCACCAUCUCUGUCAUCGCUCGGUGUUUGAAGCAGCAGCCGGAGCUUUCAGCCAUUUUAUCAGCAGCUUCAUUCACAUCUGCUCCGUCACCUUUUACACUGAAUCCGGGUCUGCUCCUGGUCCCGGGACUGAGUCUGGCUUAGUGUGGACUGGCAGGUGAUUCUCCCCCUCAGCUGCUCACGUGACCCGGUGAUGCCGACAGGUUCUGGACAUCAAACCGACGACAAACCGUGAAGCAUCAUGGGAGGUGGCAGAUGGACGCCGUGGGCCGACCAGAGCCUGUGACACACACACACACACACACACACACACACACACACACACACACACACACACACACACACACACACACCAUGGAACAAGGCUUCAGCUUAAAUACACUGAAGAAGCUGGCGGCAGAACCAGACUACACGGACGUGUCGCUGACUGCGGCGGAGCGUGUGCGGGCGCUGGGGAAGAUGGGAUGCAGCGUGGAGCUCAACGAGGACAUCGCACCGAGACGCUACUUCCGCUCCGGAGUGGAGAUGGAGCGCAUGGCGGCGGUUUACCUGGAGGAGGGCAGCCUGGAGAACGCCUACGUCCUCUACACCAAGUUCAUCACGCUGUUUGUGGAGAAGCUGCCCGGUCACAGAGACUAUCAGCAGUGCAGCGUUCCAGAGAAACAGCUCAUCAUGAAGAAACUUCAGGAAGUGGCGUUUCCUCGUAAAGACGAGCUGAAGAAACGUCUUCAGGAGAAAUACAGCAGGGAGCACACCGAGUACCUCAGAGCCCAGAGCCAGGCAGUGGUGGUGGAUGGGUGUGGCCAGCAGCUGCAGCGGCUCUCCCUAUUGGACGAGGACAGGAGGCGGUUCCUGCUAUUGGAGGAGGAGAGGCAGCGUGUCGCCGCCCUGCGACGCAUGCAGAUUGAAUCAGAACAGUUUCGCUACUUCGAGGACCAGCUGAGGCGCCAAGAACUGGCCAAUAGGAGAGGAGAGGAGGCGGAGCAAAAGAUGGGGACCAAAGUGCCUGAGGUGACGGACGGCUCCUGUCUGUCUCAGCAGCCAAUCAGAGACAGUGUACGAUCCCAGGGGGCAGAUCCUAACAGGAACAGACCGCCAGCUCCCGUCAGUCAACCAGCUGCCACGCUAGCUGGAGUACACACUCAGAGGGUGGAGGGUCUGAGGCGGGUGGUGAUUCCCAGAGAUCUGACGUAUCGUUUCCUCCUGCUGGCCGACUCCAACACCGCCAGAGGAAUAGAAACCUGUGGAGUCCUCUGUGGACGACUGACGCACAAUGAGUUCAUGCUGACUCACGUCGUUAUCCCGAAACAGACGGCCGGUCCAGAUUUCUGUGACAUGGAGAACGUGGAGGAACUGUUCAGUUUCCAGGACCAACAGAACCUGCUGACACUUGGCUGGAUCCAUACUCAUCCCACUCAGACGGCCUUCCUCUCCAGUGUCGACCUCCACACUCACUGCUCUUAUCAGAUGAUGCUGCCGGAGGCCAUCGCCAUCGUCUGCGCUCCAAAACACAACGAUACUGGUGUGUUCAGGUUGACCGGUCCGGGGAUGUCGGAGGUUUCUGGCUGCAGACUGAAAGGUUUCCAUCCUCACUCCAAGGAGCCUCCUCUCUUCAGUGUGUGUAAACACGUGGUGGUGAGGGACUCAAAGAUCAGCCUGCUGGACCUCAGGUGACAGACAGGAGGCGCUGUCCGUCUGUUUGCUGCUGGGCUGUUUGUCUUUUACUUCUGAAGAUGAAACUGUGAACACUGUGUGUGUGUGUGUGUGUGUGUGUGAGUCAUUGUGAUGUUUUUCAGCGUCUGAAGGGAUUUGAACUUUUUGAAGGAAGCGUUUUAAAACAUUCAGUGUUCAGUUUUCUGGAAGUUCUUUGAGGUUUUUUGUGAAAUUUGUUCUAUAAAAUGUUUGUUUUGCUUUUGAAAUCAGCUGCUGGCUGUACAAACAUAUAAAUCUCUAUUUUUUGCUUUUUCUUUGUGGAUCAGAGUUUCUCCUGCAGUGUGAGAUGUGGUGUGUUUUAAUGAAGAACAAAUAUGAAGUUAGUGUGACAGCUGAAGUGACAGAGUGCCUUCUUAUGUAAAACCAACAACAACUGAAUGUUUGUCUGCUACAGCAGUAUAUCUGCUCUGUCAAUCACCUGUCCUCUGUUCUCCUUAGAGAACAAAUCAGAAACUAAAUUUAUAUUUUAUAUUUCUGAUUUCAUGAUGGCGCCCCCUAGUUUUGCAUUAAUUGGAGAGAAUGCCGUUAGGUCGUCUACGUAGAUAGAGAUGAAUCAAAUCUUGCAUAAAGCAGUGAUGUCAGCGAGGGAGAGCGGACGGUCGCACUGGGCCAAUCGGCAUCCUGCUACACAGCAGAAGAGCCACAGACUGAACAACAACCGCAUUAGCUUCAUGCUAAAGUUUCCUUCUUCUAUAACUUACAAACGUGAACACAUGUCUUGUCCUGCAGCUUGUUGAACGAGGCACCAAACAAACGUUCACCGGGGAAAAGUGCACCGCUAACGUCGGUUUACAGGCUAGAUAGCGAAUAAGCUGCUCAGCUGCAGCACGUUAAACAGCAUGUAAGCGUACCUGCUAAUGUCACUUGGGUCCGGUUAGAUGCUGCUGUGGUUCUUAGUCUUCAACACCACUAACAACACGCUGUCUGCCCACGACAUGUGGCUACAGACCAAGUUACUUUACUUUGUCUCGCUUCCUUAUGAUGUAACACCGGGAGGUGGGGGAGCAUGGGGAUAUCUCAUGGUUCAUUUGUAACAAGUCAGUGUGAACAUGAACUAAAAUUGUCUUUCUUUUCUUCUUGGGUUCGAACCAAAUGAACUACAGCUGUGAAACAGACCUAAGGUACCCACAAAAAUAAAAACUGAACAAAAUGUUUCCCUGUAUUUUCAUCUCAGAGUCCAUGAAACUGCCUUAUUUACAAAUCACCGUAUUAAAAACAAAGUUCUGCCCCUGGAUACACCUGAACACCGGGUCAGUUUCCAGACUCUCUUGUUAACUCACUUGAGUUUGCAGGCCUUAAUAUACCCUUAAAAAUUUAAUAAUUGAAUCUCAAAUAUUUGUUUUUCAAAGGUUUCAACGUUCUUCUUAUUACGUUAUUGUCAAUAACUUUUUAAUAAAUCCCGCUCGUUAAGUGUCUCUAACAAAUCUGAUCUGCUGCUGUGUUGUUUGGGGAUGCAGAAUGGUGCAGUUUUCAGUUUGUGCACCAGCAGAUGUUUUAAUGUUCAGGUGUUUGUGUUGAAGUUGAAGCAGAGUUUUCUGGUCGUCGCACAGCGACUGAACUGCUGUUUUUAAAGCCGACUGCUAUUUUAUUGGUAAUAAAACGCCAACUGCUGCUCUGA